AACUGGGUUACCGGUGGAUGUGUAAUACCGCCUGGGCCACGUGACUGCAUGGUACAGCCCCGUCGGCCUGCCACAGGAAUCAAUCAUGCCACAUGCAGGACCGAAAAGUAGGCUCCAUGCGUGAUGGCUCCUCAACGACGUCAGCUCUGCACCGCAAAGCCCACAAGUUAAUCAGCCAGUGUUCUUCCAGCCUACCUUCUCACCUCGUCAGUCUGUCGACCGUGGCCAGGGGAAAUAUGAGCCCCAAACAGUUUAAAUAUUUCAGGAACUGGAUGUAAAUAGUUGAUGGGAGCUCCCAAUAUUGCAGACUCUCCGAGCAUUCUGGAUUCAGUAUAUCUGAAGAAUGGCAAUAGAUCGUGUUGGAUACGCCUCGUUUGUCCUCUUAUGUCUUCUACCGGCCACCGCGUACGGACUUGCUCAAGGUGAUUCCGUUGCGGAUGUAAAUGACGACAUAUCUCGGGAGAAAGAGCUGAUUCGAGAUUUGCUGAAAAAGUAUGAACAGUUUGGGAAGAAUGGGCGACCAGUGUCCAACACCUCCGAGAAUAUCACUAUUCGGUUUGAAUUAAGUCUGAUCCAGAUAGUGAGUCUAGACGAAAAGGAACAGCUACUCACCACCAGUGUUUGGUACAACUUUAAUUGGAGGGAUGUACUUCUGAAGUGGAACCCUGAGGAAUACGACAAUAUAACAGAAGUCAGAGUUCCCUCUGACCUAAUAUGGAAGCCAGACAUCGUUCUCUAUAAUUUUGCGGACACCAGGUUACAGGAGCAGCGAGAAGCACUGGUGGUAUUAAACAACACUGGUCACACGCUAUGGAUGCCACAGGCCAUCCUUAAGAGCACCUGCCCAAUUGAUAUCACGUACUUUCCAUUCGACGAACAGAUGUGCAAGCUGAAGUUUAGUUCUUGGACAUACAAUGGCUAUAAACUGGAUAUUAUAUUUUUAAAGGAACCCAUGUUUCAAAUGGGUGACUACAUCCCGAGCAAUGAGUGGGGCAUAAUUGAAAACACGGCCAGUCGACUGGUGGAGAAAUAUGACUGUUGUCCUGAGCCGUAUCCCGGCCUGCAUUACACGUUAAAACUGAAACGUAGAGUGGCUUUUUACAGCGCAAUUCUCAUUUUACCAUGUGCCCUGCUGUCACUGCUCACUUUGAUCAUCUUCUGGGUACCACCUGAGUCCCCGGCCAAGCUGCAGCUAGGAAUGAACAUAUUUGUGGCUUUCUUCGUAUUACUGUUGCUGUUAUCCGAUUCCACACCACGGGCUACCUCUUCUAUACCUCUUAUCGGGGCCUAUUACUGUCUGAAUAUGUUGAUGAUCACAGUAUCUACUAUUGUUUCCUGUAUAGUAGCUAAUAUGUUCUUCAGAGGUGUGCGGAAAAAUAGAGCUCCCCGGUGGCUCGUUCGGUAACUGAUGAUAGACGGUGUCGCCACUGUUCUAAUGUUACGGACUGACUUGCUCGAAGACGAGGACGGCAACGUCCGAAAGUGGAACGGAAAAAUUACCGGCGAACCAAAGCGAAAGUUUCCCGGCACUGAUAUCAAAUAUGCCAAAGUAAGGCUGCUGGACACGCCCAAUGGGCGUGAAAUAGGUCAGAAACUCUCCAUGGCUCAUGAAAUUAUAGAAUAUCAGCAGCUUAGAGACAGAGACAGUCUCAGGCACAUGGAGGAUCCACUCAGAGCAGAAAUGCUAGAGGAAAUCAGAAGUAUACGCGAAAUGGUGGAAAGAGUGAAAGACCAGAAAGUCCGCAGAGAAGACCAUGAGAAGUUUAUUCGCGAGUGGCGAGUAAUAGCUUGUAUCACAGACCGCUUCUUUUUUGUCAUCUAUGUCAUUGUCAAUGCCGUGUCUCUUAUUGUCAUCUUUUUUACCAAAAGUUAAACUGUGAAUUCACGUAAAACUGCACGUGGGUUCCGUUGUGGCUAGUGUCCUGGACAUUCGUAUCCGUGACUCGUUGUGUUAGCGACCUGCUGUGUACAAAAGAACAGAAUAUAUCACAAACAAGUGCUUGACAAGGCCAUGAUACAAAACCAAAUCAUUGACGUUGCGGUGAUGUUCGCCAGGACAGCCCAGCUGUGAACCAUCUAAACCGGGCUUUUCUUGUUAAGGUACAUAUUAAAUGUAUGCCUAACUGGUGAUGGCGUCCAGUUGACAAGUCUACUUCAAAACAGGAAAACAAGAUUUAUUGCGGGCUUUAUGAAGGCGCAAGUGUGAAUGGUUCAGUCAAAGGUGUGAUGGGACAUAGGACAGAGGUGGCCCCGAACAAGCGGUGGGCAAAAUUACUGAGUAAGCCGUAAAUUGGACGGUAAUUAUGCUAUAAACCAUAUAACAGGGUCUUAAGAGUGAGAAUGUGGGAUGAGCUCCUGGGGUAAGUCAUAUAAACAAGGCACUAAUCCCCUGGCAGAACCUGCCCCCAACUCUGCACCGGGCGGCAAUCAGAACAUAUUUAAGUGGUCUUCGUUUAGUUUAUUUCCGGCGAAAAGGGAUAUAUAUUAUUCACGUGGAUAUCAUGUACUAAACAAAAUCACUGGAGUGUUUCCAAAUAUAUGCAACAAUUAUCCACCAUAUGCAAUAAUACCAACCGGAAAGCACUUCCAAAAUUCACACACAUUUGAGAUUUCAGGAACACUGCUAUUGGUAGAGAAAAAUUUGCUUGAAAUCUGCCUUAUGUUAGGUAAAUACAAAUAUAAAGUUGGUGAAAUACUGUAGUUGUAUGCCGAGAGUAACCGACGAAAUGAGUACUGAAACUAACAACUAUUAAGCUCACGCUUUAGCUCAACGUGGCCAUUACAAAAUUACCAGGGAGAUAACUGAACAAAAAUCUAAUCAUACAGUCGUAGUUUUUCCGAGAAGAGUUGAUGCGAUCCUUGCGUUUAAAUUGACGUUAGUUCCUCUUGACUGAACAUUAUCUGUGGCCAAUGAUAGAAUAACUGAGUCAGAGCUGUCGGCUUCUCCACGACAGCUAACUGUCCCCGGUUUCCCAUUGUCUACUAGACUCACGUCAUGUAUAUCGUAACGUAUUGCUCCCUAAUUACUAAGCCUUUAUCCUUUUCAAUUCCAUUGCAUCGUGAAAGCAAUGGUCUUGUUCGCCAAUACGGGAUUAGUGUACAAAGUGUCAAAUUAUGUCGUUACAAGGUGGUGUAAAUGUAUUCGCAUGUCUGCUCAUUAUAUAUAGGAAUUAACACUGAGAUUCCAUUUUGGUGCAUAAAUGGACAGUUUUGUCCAUGAUGUUAGUUUUAGCAGAUGAAUAAUUUAUCUCUGAACUGUAAGGAAAUGCUCACCUCAUCAAUUCCCCCAGUGUCAUUAAAAGCAGUUGAUAAUUUCCCCGACGGAGAAAGAACUUCAUCCGUACAGUUCACUGAACCAUAAUACGUCCACAAGAGAGUGUCCCUAACCCAAAGCACGGCCACAUGCAUGUGAGAGGGUCGUAAGUCUGUGGCCGACUGGUGUUGUUCAGCCGGGCCACGUCCUAACCACGGCAUGCCGAGCACACAAGGUGUUUACGAUACAUGACAUACCCAUAAACGACUGUGAUAUGCAAGAUUUUAGGAUUUGGUCAACUACGGUGGUCGGGAUUGGCCAAUUUCAAACAGAAAAACACCCAUAGACUUGUGAUAGAAAAGCCAAUGUACAUUUUGUGGUGAAUCUUACGGAAUUAUUUUAGAAUUCAGAUCAUUUUUAUGACACGUUACUUAUUACGCCAGUCACCUUCCUUCCGCAAACCAAAUCUCGUAUUUUCAUAUCUUCUCCGUUCGUAAAUAUUACUAACAGUAUAUCUGAGGUUGACUUACAAACUACGUAAGUAUAUCCUUGUAGACUACUCAUAACUGUGAAAAAACACACCAUUCUUUUACCUCUAAACAGAACCAAGUCUACAUUAAUGACAUAAGCAGAACAUUUUAUUUGAAAUAUCAAAGGUAAGAUGUUUCAAAUUCCCAUUGCAUGAAUUCUGUAAAAAGAACAUGUAAAAUGUCUCCGAGUUUUCUUGAUAACCCGCAUCGGAUUCACAGUAUCUUACCCUAUUGCUGAAACACAUAUCUUCACAACCUAUCAACGGAAUCCCUCUUCAGCUGAUCUUACCCCACCAUUAGUAUAUGCUGUUUUCUCUACAAGACGCGAUGUAGGCUUCUCUGGAAUGAAAACGUUUUAGUUUAACUUUGUGCUUGAGUCUAUUUUUGACCUCUUGUUGAAUGAUGGUAUUAUUAAUCCGGAUUGAAUGUACGUUAACUGCUGUGAGCACUAAUUGGCAGUAGUUUUGUGCUUUUGGCAAUAAAUAU